CCCCCUUGCUUCUUUAUACCACCCUUCUUCAGUCCCCCUCCUCACUUGCACCAACACUGAGUACUCUCACUUUCCUCCUAUCUUUCUCCAUUCUCCUCACUCGACAGACAUGUCAGCUGCUGAAGAAGGCGCACCACCACUGAUGUAUCAGACUGUGGCCCUGAAGGUCAGCAUCCACUGUGAGGGCUGCAAGAAGAAGGUCAAGAAGGUGCUCCAGAGCAUAGAAGGGGUGUACAAGACGGACGUAGACAUUAAGCAGCACAAGGUUGUUGUCGUCGGCAAUGUCUCCGUCGACGCGCUAGUCAAGAAGCUUGUCAAGACCGGAAAGCACGCCGAGCCAUGGCCGGAGCCGGCUCCUACCCCCUCCGCGGACAACUCUCCCGGCGGCGCGGGUGGCAGCAGCGUCAAGAAGAAGAAGAAAAGGAAAAACAAGAACAAGCCCGCAGCGCCGGUGCCGGCGCAGGGUAACGCCACAGUGGAAGGCAGCGGUGGCGGCGGAUCCAUUCCCCCGGAGAAUCAGGACAACGGCGGCACCUGUGAUGAAGCAUCCGGCGACGAGCAACCUCAAAAGCCUGAAGGUGGUGGCGGCGGAGGCCCGCACGUGGUUGACCCAUUCGCCAUGACGCCGCACGGCAUACAGCCCAUGGCACCCACCACCAAUGCCAAUCCCGCCGGUGGCGGUGGAAAGAAAAAGAAGAAGGGCAAGGGUGGUGGCAACGGCAGUGCCAAUGCCAACGCAGACGGCGCCGGUGGAACGGCGGAGAUGAUUCCACACGACGCAGCCGCGGGAAACGCCGGUCAGCACGCCGCGGCUGCCGUCGAUGCCGGGGCCUACCCGCCCGCCACGACGAUGAGCUACCCGGGGUACUACGCCGGCGGAGGGCAAAUGCCGCCGCCGUACGCCAUGAGCUACAGCACCGCGCACCCGCUCCGGAGCAGCGCGUACUACCACCCGAUGGUCGGCGCGGCCUAUACGGGCGGCGCCGAGUACUUCCACUCGACGGCGCCAGUAUCAGCGGCACCGAGGUCGUAUUACAUGUUCAGCGAGGAGAACGCCAACGCAUGCAGCGUCAUGUGAGACAUUUGUUAUUUGGUCGAUUGAAAUGUGUUGAUUAUUUGACUGGUCAUUUGUGUUAUUUUAGCUGGUACUAGUAUUAGUAUGGUCAUCUUGAUGCAAGCUCGAACAUUUUGUUGUGUCUGCAACAGAAGCUACUACAGUAUAAUUUAUAUGUACUGAUGGCGUAGAAUGUAGAUGCAUCCAUCAGACAUGGGGUAGCAUAAUACUCGCUAUUACAUUAUUGUUUGUAAAUUGAUCAUUUUG